GAUGGAUGGAUGGAUGGAUGGAUGGAUGGAUGGAAAUACCAUUGGGACGAUAUGACAGAAAAUUUAGUGGUUUGAAACCUUGACGUUUUCAUACCACGGUAUACCUUAAAACCGGUAAUCGGCACAUGUCUAUUUGGGAUGAUAAUACACACUCAGCAGGAAAAGCUGUGCAUUAUUUUCACUUAAACCUAUCUAGAAGCCACGAACUGUAUGUAAAAAUGGUCUUGCAUUGUGUAUAUUUCCUGGAAGUGGAAACCACAACUGGGGGGACAUGUGCAUAUCAGUGGCUGAGACAGGUUAAGCCUCUCAGGGCAGCCGAUCGUGAGACUCGCUCUCCUGAAAGUGGCGACAAUUUGACUGGCGAAAAAGUCAUAAAAGUCAAACCGACUUGACAGAACCGAUGUGACUUGGGGUGCCACGCAGUUCAGUUUCUUGAUUUCAUUUUCCACCACACAUUUUUUAUACACUCCUGUUCACUCGGCAUUGAGGUCGGAGGGGCCAGUCCCUCCGCUGGCUGAGCUCAUCUCCAUACAAUCCACGAUGGCAGGACCACCAAAGGGCAAUGAAUUGAAGCAUAUUAAUGCGACGAACGUUUGAAGUGUCCAAAAUCAAUAGGUGAAUGCACCAUCAGCUCAUCACAGCUCGUUCAUGUCAAGCAAGCUGGCCGAGUCCACAUUUAAGAUGGCGGAUUGGCGGGAAGUCAGAUGUACUCAUCAAAAGAGCCAGAUAUGGCUCGCGAGACUUAGGUUCCUGACCCCUGCUCUAGACUUCUUGACCAGAGGGUCAUUGUCUUGCUGAAAGACCCAGUGACGACCCAUCUUCAGCUUUCGGGCAGAGGGCAACACAUUCUGAUUUAAAAUGUCCUGGUAUUUCAAAGCAUUCAUGAUGCCAUGCACCCUAACAAGGUUCCCAGGGCCUCUGGAAGCGAAACAGCCCAACAACAUCACUGACCCACCCCCAUACUUCACAGUGGGUAUGAGGUGCUUUUCAGCAUGCGCAUCUUUCGUGGCACACCAGACCCACUUAUAGUGUUUGUUGCCAAAAAGCUCAAUCUUGGUCUCACACAAAAAUACACACGGUCCCAGUUGAAGCCUGGGACCGUGUGCUUUGGUCAGAUGAGACCAAGAUUGAGCUUUUCAGCAAGACAAUGACCCUAAACAUAUGGCCAAAUCUACACAGAAAUGGUUCACCAGACACAAAAUCAAGCUCAUACCAUGGCCAUCUCAGUCCCCAGACCUUGUUUUGUUGGCAAAAGGGGGUUGUACAAAGUAUAAACACCAGGGGUGCUAAUAAUUGUGACACACAUUAUUUGAUGUCGAAUAAUUUUUUCUUUAUGUGGGAUUUUUUUCCCCACUGAAUGAAUGCACUUGUACUGAAGGUUGGAUUAUUCUCUUUUUUUCUAUUAAGGUCCCAUAUUAUUUGAAUUUAAAAAAAUAUUAGAAGCUAAAAAACACAUCUUUUCCAGGGGUGCCAAUAAUUAUGGAGGGCACUGCAUUAUAAUGGAAUUUUGGCUUCACAUUAUCGGUUAUCGACUGGAAGGUGGAGGAAAUGACUGGUUAUCAGUAUCGGCAGAAAAAUGCAUUAUCGUGCAAAACUAAUAUUUUCGUUACCAUCAUUGUUAACGAAAACAACACUGAUACUAACAAAUUUAUACUACAGAGACCAGACUAUAAUAAGUCACUGACAACAUUUCUGACAUUAGUGCACUCUUCGCUAAUCAAUGUCAGCACACUGUUAGCGCGCAGCACGUAAGCGUCGAUCGACUCAAACAUAGGUGUAAAGAAGCAAAACGAAAAUAGGCACACACUCUUUAAUCACAUUUUUACCGGUUUUGUGGCCAUAGACAUCAGAUUCAUUUGGACUGGGACUGAUCGCAGUCAGCCCCUACCAGUCCGGUCAAAUGCAAACAAUUCAAAAUUAGUAUUACGACAGCAAGAAGGAAGCGGAUUGCUCAUCAACUAUUUGGGAUUGUUCCUCUUUUCAUUCGUCACGUCAUGUUCCUGUAAUGUUUCCUAUUAUAAUUCUUAUAAUUCUUGUCAUUUUUGGUCUUUUGGUUGUGAUUUGCAGUUUUAGGGAGAAAUAUUGGAACUGUGAAAUAUGUUGAGGACGGUUCUCCAUAUCGAGGAUUGUUCAACAAGUUCUGGAAAAAAAAAAAAAAAAAAAAGAUUAAACACACAACUAAUAGAUAUGAUGAAAUCCAACUGGGGUGACGUUUUUCAGUGGGUUUUGCAUAUACGUUAUCAAAAGAGGAAAUGAAAAGAAUCUUAAACUGGACUUAUCCAGUCCAAAUGAUCAUGCAGGGAUUGAUUCUUAUUUUUCUGCUUCAAUUUGAAGCCAUUAGCGGAAAAGACGUGUUUGUGUACGCCGGAGUGGGCAACGUGGUCACCGUGCCCUGCAAGCUGUCAUCCUGCUCCAAUAUAAACUGGUGGUACAGUAAGUACCACUACAGUCGAUAUGUAAAGGAAGUGAAAGACGGCUAUGUGCUAACCAGCUCAAUAAGAAGUCAUCGCCUGAGCCUGAAGGACGGCUGCUCGCUGCUCAUCAAACCGGUGAUGGCCGAAGAUGCUGGUUACUUUACAUGUGAACCAGAUGAACCGAGCCAAAGGAUUUUCUUGAUAGUGAUGACACUGACGAGGUCACCUCCUCGGUGGGACUCAGGUGCGACGGGAGAAGGUGAAGCAUACCUCAGGUGUUCUUUCAGCUGCCCGUAUUAUCAAGAUUGUCCUUCCGGGAAGUUCCGCUGGUUGGACGAGGAAGGCAGGCAACUUUACCCAGAACGCAAGAGAAAGGAGCAGUCCCGCUACGAGUCGUUUUUGAAAGUACGUCCUACCAACCGGCACAGCACGUACACCUGCCAAUAUGUGAACCAGACCAUAAUAAUAGUCCAUGCCCAGUAUUCGCCCAUUGCCGUGGCAGUGAACGGCAGCAGCCCUGAAGUAACACCACCCAGCCACAUGCAACUCAUCAACAUUGUUCGAUUGAUCGCCGCCGUUUUGAUGCUCGUCAUCAUUAGCGCACUCGCCAUUGAAGUCAGGGUGAAGUCCAGAAGAAACGCAGGCCAGCCUAUUGACAGCUGAUAAUGAGGGCAGUUGCUUCCUACCCCAGAUUGCAAGAUUUCUGUUGAAGGCAAUCUUUUGAAAAUGAAGAAUGUUAGAAAAAAGAUGAAAAUUGAGAUUCAAAUUGUUGCGAAAUGUCUAAAACUGGGAGAAGGCAGUCCCACUAACCAAAGCGGAAAGGACAUUUGGACUGAAUCACCAAAACGAUAUAAAGGAGUGCAUGAUUGUUGAACUGCUGAUGAAAAUGGACACCAGUAAAAUGUACAGCUUGUUCUGUAUUUUUAACCUUAAUUCAUGUAUUAUUUUGUCUUCUAUUUCUUUGUCUUUUAGGUUUUGGUCUUCUACUUCUUCAGAUUUUUUAAAGAAUCCCUUUUGUGAGUAAAAGGCUAGAGAAUGGUGCUCUAUGUGAAGGACUCAGGGUUUCUGCAGAUUUCAACAAGCCAAAUUUACUUUUUAAAGACCAUAUUGAAUACAAUUUAAGACCUAUUUCCCAUCAA